AGGUGCUGUGGUCGGCCUGAGGCUAAUUUAUACGUGCAUCGACGCAAAGUAGUCAUCAAUUUGCUGGAAAAGUCAAUACAUAUUGGGGCGACAGCGAAAAUCGAUCGAUUUCGAUCGCUACGGCACGAGGCCACAGCAAAACACAGCCUUGCACAUAAGAAGAGUAAAUAAGAGAUGGGCGCCUCCUACGCAAACGCUCCGGACGGCGCCGCAACGGGCGCGUCCUCCUUCUACACGCUCGUCGUGCUCACGUUGUACCUCGCCUUUAUAGUACCAGUUCUCCUCACGCGCCUCGCAAAAGGCAACAAAAACGUGACCACGGUGGCAUUAGCAAUCUCCUGCGCCGGCUCUUUUGUAGCCUUCAAGCGGGUGCACCCCGCGGCAGUGGCGUGGGCGGAUGCAUCCUCAGUGUUCGACCCGUACGACAUCCUCCAGAUCCCGUCCACCGCCAACGCGACCGUCGUCAAGAAGGCCUACCGCAGCCUCAGCCGGACGGCACAUCCGGACAAGGGGGGAGAUGCCGAGACCUUCCGCAAGAUCCAGAACGCGCACGCGGCGCUCGCGGGCGACGCGACGGCGCGCCGGAACUACCGGGACUUCGGCCACCCCGACGGCCCGCGGCCGUCCUUCGCGGGCUUCGCGCUGCCGCACGGCUUCGAGGCGACGGCCGUUGGGUUAUAUGUGCUGAUGUUGAUAUUGGUAUUGAUGCCCGUGUUGCGCCUCGCGACUGGUGGUAGCAGUGCUCCAAAUGCCUUGCCGAAGAAGGCCACGGUCCUGGCGCUGCGCGACGCGCUGCAGGAGGACGCGCCCGCGCACAUUUCGACCUGGCUCCUCCUGCUCGGGAAACUGCUCGACGACGUCGAGGGCGUCGAUGCGAGCGAGGUCUCGGACGCUGAGAGGGCGGCGGUGGCGCACGUCGCGGAAGACCUCGACACGGACGCGGGCUUCGCCGUCGUCCAGACGCUCGAGGGCCUCACGCCGACGGGCGCGCUGCUCAUCCAGCGCGCCGCCGGUGGCCGGAGGCUGGACGAGGACAGCGAUACCAGGACGCUCGACCUCGCCGCGUCUCUGGCCCGCGCGGCCUUCGAGCUCUCGUGCGGCGCGUGGCAGCCCCUCGCGAACCUGCAGACGGCCGUCGGCGCGCUCCAGUGCCUCUGCGCUCCCAAGAAACGCGGUUCGGCCUCCGUACUCGCGAUCGAACUCGCGGUCUACGACGACGACGAGGCGCUGCCCGACGUGCGGUCGUCUGAUCUCGCGACAGUCGAAGUCAAGUUCUCGCUACCCACGACGCUGGCGCGCGAGUGGUACUGUGUCCUGAGCCACGACGGCGCGAGCGUCGCGGCCUGCCUCGCGGUGCCGAUUGACGAUCUUGCUAUGGAUGAGUUCAAGAGUGAGCUUCGGGCGCGGGUCCACGUGCCGCGGAAGGUCGGCCGCCACCAGCUCACCGCGCAGCUCCGCGCCAUGGACGCGCGCGGCGUCGACAGCGACGUGCGGCGGCACACCUACAAGGUGCUCCCGCAGGAGGACGAGGACUAGUCACGUUGCUGAGGUGGGGCUGGUGGCAGCGCGUCAUGACGCCCAAUGCGGGCGGGCGCAAGUGUAGUAGAAGAC